CAGGCGCAGUGAAGAGACAGAGAGCUGAGCUCCGCCUCUCGACGCCCCGUGAGCUCUGCGGCGUCCCGUAGCGGCAGCGGGGUGCUAGCGAGAUGGCGGCGCAGAAGAUCAACGAAGCACUCGAGCACAUCGCUAAAGCGGAGAAAUAUCUGAAAACUGGAUUCUUAAAGUGGAAACCAGAUUAUGACAGUGCAGCUACCGAAUAUGGGAAGGCAGCUGUUGCUUUUAAGAACGCCAAGCAGUUUGACCAGGCAAGGGAAGCCUGCUUACGGGAAGCUGAGGCGCAUGAAAACAAUAAAGCUCUCUUCCAUGCCGCCAAAGCUUAUGAACAAGCUGGCAUGAUGCUAAAGGAGAUGCAGAGACUCCCUGAAGCAGUUCAGCUGAUUGAGAAAGCCAGUAUGAUGUACCUGGAGAAUGGAACACCAGAUACAGCAGCAAUUGCACUGGAACGGGCUGGAAAGUUAAUAGAAAAUGUGAGCCCAGAGAAGGCUGUGCAGCUCUAUCAGCAGGCAGCAUCAGUGUUUGAAAAUGAAGAACGCUUACGGCAAGCAUUAGAAAUGCUAGGGAAGGCAUCAAGACUUCUAGUCAGAGGACGCAGAUUAGAUGAAGCUGCGUUGUCUCUUCAAAAGGAAAAAAGUAUUUAUAAAGAAAUUGAAAAUUACCCAACAUGCUAUAAGAAAACUAUUGCUCAAGUCUUAGUUCAUCUACACAGAAAUGAUUAUGUUGCCGCAGAAAGAUGUGUGAGGGAAAGCUAUAGUAUACCAGGAUUUAAUGGAAGUGAAGACUGUGCAGCACUAGAGCAACUUUUAGAAGGUUAUGACCAGCAAGAUCAGGAUCAAGUUUCUGAAGUCUGUAACUUGCCACUCUUCAAAUACAUGGACAAUGAUUAUGCCAAGCUUGGUCUUACCUUGGUGGUCCCAGGAGGUGGAAUCAAGAAGAAAUCGCCAAAUGCUGCACAAGACAAAGCAAGAGGACCAGCUGCAGUGGGCUCUCAUGCUGAUGAGGAAGAGGAUGAAUAUUCUGGUGGACUAUGUUAGCUACUGCAUAGGUAGUCUUAAAUAUCUGACUUAGUUGUGAUGUUGAGAAUAUCCAAAGGUACCAGAUUUAUCAGAGCUUCAUUGCAAUUGUGAUACAGGAAUGCUAAUAUUAACUUGGCAGCUUCUGGGUGCAAUGCAGGAGAAAAAGCAUGAUUGUACCUAUCAUCUUGAAACAUCUUUGGACUUCAUUUCUUACCUGGUAGCUUCCUCUGGGCGCUCUCUGCAGUUGAUGGGAAAAAUUUGAGAUAAAUUUUUACUGAAAGCACAGUUUAAAAGAAACCAAAACCCUAGAAGCACUGGAAUAUGGAGAGUGGUACAAAUUUUUAAAUCCUGGAUUUCAACAGCUGACAAAAUUUUGUCCUAGUAAUAAGUUUGUGAUUGUUUUCCGAGUUAAACAUACAAUCACUCAUCUGGCUAUUUCUCUCCACCAUUAGAGGCAGCCUGUGCCAUGCAGGAUUUUUCACUAGUAUAAACACUAGGGGGAGCAUUCAGUUUAUUUUCAACAUGUUUUUACCCACUGCAGAAUAUUAUUUUACUACCUUAUUUUUUAUGAGCAGUAUCCACAUGGAUAUGGAAAAUACUAAGUGAACUGAUUUGAAGCCUAAAAAUACACACAUAUCUUUCAUGUUAAGAGCUUUAUUGAUCUCAAAGUCAAUGUGUGUGUAGUGUAUCAUGUCCAACUUGUGAAUGGAAAGAGUAGACAACCUUUCUUAGUGUUUUUUGGGAAGCAUGCUAUAACCAAAAAAACUGAAGGUAGCAGAUAAUGUGCAUUGAAUAUAAAGCUCUGAAGACACUGUUUAACACAAACUUAGUGGAGUGUUUCAAUGAUACGUUUGAGUUCAAGAGUGUCCAAAGUGUUUGUUUACUAAUCAAUACACUUACAUUAUGAAGACAUUCUUUCAUAUUUUUGACGUGUAGAACAGCUGUCUCUUACAAAGAGCAUUUUUCAAACUAGUUCAUGAUCCAGAGUAACAAAAUUUUAAUGUGUCUUCAUUUUACUUUGGUUUCAAGUCAUCAUGUGUUUUGCAAGCUUCUGUAGUGUGUUAAAUUAGUUUGACCAUUUUAUGCUUAAAAAUUGACAUACUAAGAGCUAUAUCGGUAGUCUGUUUCUUCAGAAGAACCAAAUCAAGAUUGCACUAGGGUGAGAUCACUUGGAAUUCAUCAGGGAUUUGUGUGUGAUACAUGAUGCCCAAAGUUCAAUUAAACAAUAGACCAAAAGCACAGUGUUAAGUGUUGCUACAGUUUCUGCCAUAUUAAGGAAUUGGACAUCUUCAGAAAUAUCAAGCAUAUGACUAACAUAUGUAUGUGAUGUCUGACAUCAGUGUCAGAUGUAAUUAUGAUGAAAAUAAACUUUUAAAGGGCUAAUACUCACUUUCCUUGGGGUGGAUGGCUCUCACUAGCAUCGUGGUGGGUUGUGCAGUUUGCAGGCAGGGCUGCUGUGAAAGUCAUGUUCAAUUUAACAGGUGUUCAAAAAACGGUUUCAUCUUUUUGUAUUAUGAAAUAAUCUUGGAUUUGUUAUUAAUGAUGCAUAUAGACAUUUCUUUUGCUCUUCUAUAAAACAGUCUAAACAAGAUGCUUUUCCUUGAAGAUGGUCACAGGUCUACAUGAAAUACAGUUUUCAAGACUUUCCUGUAACUCUUCUUUUUUGACCACUGGAGCAACUCACUCUGUUUACUCAACUUCUGCCUUCAGGGUUUGUUCAUGAAGGUGAACCAUGCACUUUUUAUGGGGAGUCUUUAUUACAAGUACUAAAAAAAAAACGCAUGUGUAGGAGCAUUGGGAACACCAGCUAAUAUUCUUCAAGCAUUUCCUGCUGCUUCCAAUUCUGAAAUGAAUUUUGUUGAGUGGUCCCAAGGAGUUUGCUUUUUUUGUGUGCAUGAACAGUUGCAGAUAUCUGAGAAGAUGAUAUGCAUAGGAAAAAUGGUGAAACUUGUGUGUGCUUCUGUGAAAGAACUUGCAGGCUUUAUUUAAACUGUGCUUAUAACACUAACAGGCCCUUAAAAGAGAAAUUAAAAUUUAUGCAUUCAGUU